AUGGCCGACCAACCAAUAUCCGAAAACAACCCAUUCAAGGAGACCGAUGAUGUACAGCAAACAAUUCUUCAACAGGCACAAGCUGCCGCAACAGCUCAAGUCGGUCCUCGACAGUCUACUAGCGACGACGCCCUCCUGCAAGAGAUCGACUUGACCGUCCCUGAUGCCUCUGAAGACGACACACCACCUCCUGCUUAUGGCGACACCUAUGGCGAGAUCCGCAACGAGAAAGACGGCCUGGGCACCAGUGCCUCCGUCACCGACGACGGCCGCGUCAACAUCCGCAUUAACCAGCUCAACCGCCGGUUAUCCCAAGUCUUCGUCCCUGCUCUACGCCAGCAACUCAACAGCGUGCAGGACAGCCAGCCGCCUCCUCCUCCCUACAUCCCGCCUUCCCUGGGUGGCGAGGAAGGUGGUCUUCCACCCCCAUGCUUGAACAUCGUCAUCCAAGUCGUCGGCUCACGUGGGGACGUACAGCCCUUCAUCGCCUUGGGAAAGGUCUUGAAAGAAACCUACGGCCAUCGCGUACGUCUGGCGACUCAUCCCACCUUCAAGGACUUUGUGCAGGAGCAUGGUCUGGAGUUCUUCAGCAUCGGCGGCGAUCCGUCCCGGCUGAUGGCGUUUAUGGUCAGGAAUCCUGGUUUGAUGCCGGGGUUUCGCAAUCUAUUUGCUGGAGAUGUUGGGGGGCAGAGAAGAAUGGUUGGCGAGUACAUUCAGGGAUGUUGGCGGUCUUGUUAUGAGACUGGUGAUGGAACGACUGAGCAUGCUCUCCCUGAACCCUCUGGAACUGACGAUGGCCCCGAGCCUGCAGCGAGACCUUUUGUUGCUGACUGCAUCAUCGCUAACCCUCCGAGUUUCGCUCACAUCCAUUGCGCGGAGAAGCUGGGAAUUUCGCUGCAUAUCAUGUUUACUAUGCCAUACUCUCCCACGCAGGCCUUCCCCCAUCCGCUCGCCAACAUCCAAUCCUCCAACGCCGACGCGCAACUCACCAACUAUAUAAGCUACGCCAUGAUCGAGAUCCUCUCCUGGCAGGGCCUCGGCGACAUCAUCAACCGAUUCCGCGCAAAGUGUCUCCGAUUGGAUCCGAUUAGUCUACUCGCAGCCCCCGGAAUGCUCCAGCGUCUCAAGAUCCCUCAUACCUACUGCUGGUCUCCGGCUCUGAUACCGAAACCGAAAGACUGGGGCCCUCACAUAUCUAUCGCCGGGUUUUCCCAGCUGAGCUCGGGCAACUACAUCCCUGCCUCUGAUUUACAGGCUUUCCUCGACGCUGGCCCACCGCCUGUUUAUAUCGGAUUCGGCAGUAUUGUCCUCGACGACCCUAAUGCCUUGACGGAGCUCAUAUUCGAGGCAGUGGGGAAGACCGGUGGUCGGCGUGUCCUCCUCUCCAAAGGCUGGGGUGGCUUAGGCGCGGAUGAGCUCCGUCGUGUACCGGAGGGAGUGUUUAUGCUGGGAAAUGUACCACAUGACUGGCUUUUCCAGCACGUUUCGUGCGUCGUCCACCAUGGCGGCGCAGGAACCACUGCAGCAGGGAUUACCGCAGGUAGACCGACUCUGGUCGUCCCCUUCUUCGGCGACCAGCCUUUCUGGGGCGCCAUGGUUGCGCGAGCAGGCGCGGGUCCCGAGCCAAUUCCUUACAGGCAACUCAUGGCGGACAAGCUAUCCGAUGCCAUUGACUUCUGCUUGAGACCUGACAGUGUGGAGCGCGCCAAAGAACUCGCAAGUAAGAUCGCAGCGGAGCGAGGUAGCGACACGGGUGCCCAGUCAUUCCAUCAACACCUCGAGGUAGACCGACUACGUUGCGCUCUUGCACCAUCUCGAGCCGCUACGUGGCGCAUCAAGCGGACCAAUAUCAAUCUGAGCCCCUUUGCGGCAUGUACUCUGGCGAAUGCGGAGCUCGUGGACUUCCAGGAUUUGAAGCUGUUCAGACCGCAAGAACAUUACACCGAUGAGGGCCCUUGGGAUCCAAUCUCCGGAGGGUUCGCGGAGCUGUGUAGGUCGUCCAGCAGCAUAUUGAUGGGUCUAGCGGAUGUUCCCUCAGAGACGUGGAAAGCGGUGCAGUCCUCGUCCAGCAAACAGCAAUCUCAAGGAUCAUUCCCACCGAGAGGCGAGACCUCAAACACCAGCCGGAGACCGUCUCUGUCAAUGUCGCCGGCGCAAAGUCAGACGAGCUUGACCACGCAGGAAUCUCUUGCUCCGAGUCGGAAACCUUCCAAACUCUCUGUCCGCUCAUCAGCUACAUCGGCCAUUGCAUCAAGCUCCACGCGCCCCAAACAAAUGAACACCAGCCAAAUACGUUUCCGCAGACAGCACGAACCCACCCCCUACAACAACCGCGACAUGCUCCGCCAGAGCAGCGCGCACUCGAGCAAAGGCCUUGGCCGGAUGUUAAAGCCAAUCGUGCAAGCGCCCAUGACCUUCUCCACAACUUUCACCCAGGGCUGGCACAACAUGCCCAAGAUGUGGGGAGACGACACGGUGCGCCCGCAGGAACGCGUCAGCGAUUUCAAGUCCGGCAUCAGAGCUUUGGGCAGAGAGUUCGGUCUCGGCUACUACGACGCCAUCACUGGUCUGUGGACUCAGCCCUGGAAUGGGGCACAGAGAGAGGGCACGAGCGGCUUCUUUAAGGGGAUGGGGAAGGGGAUAGGUGGGUUCGUGACUAAGAUGACUGCUGCGCACUUUGGGAUUCUGAGCCAUCCGCUGAAGGGCGUUUAUAAGGAGGUGGAGAAGCUGUUUGGGAGUAAUGUGCAGAGCUAUAUCGUCGUGUCGAGGGUGGCACAGGGGUAUGAGGAGUGGUUGCAGAGUUCGGACGCGGAAAAGGGGGAUGUGAUUGAGAGGUGGAAGUUGAUUCAGAAGUCCUUGAAGAAGAAGAAAGGGAAUAAUGAUGAGGUGGUGCGGGAUGUCCUGGAAGCACAGCAGAACCACGUGGAGGGCAGAGGUGCCCGCCACAAGGGCGAACGUACCGCGAGCUCCGCUCCGUCUGGCAUCAGUGGGGAUGCUGCAUCCCGAGAUCCGGAAAGCGCGAUGCUCGCCAUGGGUGGUCCUCCAUUCUCUCCGCGCCCCGCCAGCACCGUCUCCAAGUCAUCGCUCGAAUCGGCCGACAUCAACUCCACCACGCGACCAUCGGACGAGCAGCCCUCAGAAGAAGACGCCGAAGAGGAACCCGGCGUCCUCCAAGCAAUCCAACAAAACGUGUCCCAACUCCAGCACCAACGGCGAAAAGCAGCAGAUAAUCAGUCCGACCAGUAG